UUGUAUUUUUUGUUCAUCUAAUAUGUCUAACUCACUAGUAUUGUUAUCUUGCUACUGAGCUACAUAUACAUGGUAAUGGAGUUCUUCUUUAUAGGAGCAUUAUGUCAUUGACAUGUUUUAGGAGAUUCUCAAGAGCUUCUCAUUGGAAAAUCAACACAAGUUUUUGAAGUAAGUUUGGAUUCUUUGACAUAUUAAUCUUUUUUUAUACUAUAUUGCUUAUAAGUUAAAAAUUUUAGCUUGCUUUUAAUUUUAUAAUAUUUCUUCCAGGUUUAUGACUGGAUGUUCAAGAGGACCAUUGCUAGGAUUCAAGUAUUUGGAACCUUUAUUCUAUAUACAUCGGUAUGAUGCUUUACUCUGCCACCACCCUCUGCUUCCUAAACACGGUUGCAAUCGCAUACACAACCACAGUUGCACUACCCUUUAGUUCAAUUGUUGUGAUUGUUUUGAUAUAGAGUUUGGUGACAUCACCUUUACUGAUUCUCGGGGGUAUUGCUGGAAAAAACAGCAAAGCUGCAUUCCAAGCUAUUGUUCGCACCACAAAUGAAAUGAGCUGAUUCCAGAAGCCCUUUGCAGCGUUUUGAUUCUGAUAUGUGUCCAGCUCAAGCUAUUACUAUUGAAGCUGAGGAGAGAGAAGAUGGGAGUUGUAGAACGAGGUUAAACCACACACACACUCUCUAUCUAUCUAUCUUUCUCUUAUUGAGUGAAUCAUAUUGUAGGUAUGAUAUUGACAUGGCAAAGUGUAUCUACUGUGGAUUUUGCCAAGAAGCAUUCCCUAUUGAUGCCAUUGUUGAAAGGCCCAACUUUGAAUUAACUUUCCCUCACAUAAGUUUGGCUAUACAAAGGUCUAUCAUUUAGUAAUAGAGGCACAAGUAACAGAAUAUGGAAUUAAGAAUCAUAUUGCGGAAGCAAGUGAAGCAUUGUCUGAAAGUUGUCAAGCCGAAAUAUGAUGAGAAGGAUAAGGGGCGUCCUCGAAUGAAUGAACAAAUAUCUGCUCAGUAUGUUAGAAUUUUGACAGUUGAAGGUUUAAUUUGGAUUUCAAGCUCACCAGCAUCUCCAAGUAAUGAGGGAUCCGUUACACUUAAGAAUAUCAGCUUAUCAAGAGCAUCACUUGCAUUACUAAACGAAGGUUUCUUGUUAGAACUUUUGUUUUUAAAAACGAUAAAAGAUGGAAAUCAAGCAUGAAACAUGUAGACUGUAGAGAUGUUUUUACAUGUAAAUUUAUAUAUUGUAAGAAAUAGAAUUGUAAGACAUUAAAUUUUAUGAAAUGGAUUAUAUUUUUUGUAUAUGAUAUUUUAUUUUAUAUUGUGAGGCAUUAAAUGCAAAUUUAAUUUGAAAAUUAGUAAAUCUAUAAAAAAUAAUUUUUUUUUAACAUUUAAAAUUAUGAUACGCAAACAUGCAUGUCAUCUUCAUUUAUGACAUGGCCUUUCUUGACAGGGGCUUCCUUGAUACGCAUUGCGUGUCAUAAACACGCGCGUCGUAAGGUUACGACACGCAAAUGCGUGUCGUCUUCCUUUAUGACAGGG